GAAGUGAGUCCAGAGCCGGCGAGAGGACGCUGGAGGGCGUGCUAGAGCGGCGCGGCCCGGCCUGGUGUGGGCGAGUCGGCCAUGGAGGACGAGCAGAGCUUCUCAGAUAUUUGUGGCGGCCGCCUGGCCCUGCAGCGCCGCUGCUACUCCCCUUCCUGCCUGGAGUUCUGCCUCAGCUGCCCUCGGAUAACCUUGCGCUCGCUCACCGCUGUCACCUGCACCGUGUGGCUAGUGGCCUACGGACUCUUCACCCUGUGCGAGAACAGCAUGAUCCUCUCUGCUGCCAUCUUCAUCACUCUCUUAGGCCUGCUUGGUUACCUCCAUUUUGUGAAGAUUGAUCACGAGACUUUGUUAAUCAUUGAUUCCCUUGGCAUCCAGAUGACCUCAUCCUAUGCCUCAGGCAAAGAAAGCACCACCUUCAUUGAGAUGGGCGAGGUGAAUGAUGUUGUCAUUAAUGAGGCUAUUUACAUGCAGAAGGUGAUUUACUACCUCUGCAUUUUAUUGAAAGAUCCAGUGGAACCACAUGGGAUAUCCCAAGUAGUACCUCUCUUCCAGAGUGCCAAGCCCCGGUUGGACUGCUUGAUUGAAGUGUACAGAAGCUGCCAGGACAUCCUGGCACACCAGAAAGCCACAUCAGCGAGCCCGUGAGUCCCAGCAGUUAGAAGGCCAGUAUUGUUUUCCAGAGGAGAGGACUCCUAAGCCACAGUGGCUGGUUUAUUUUCUGUAUUUUAAACCAUCAAGUGGGCACAGCCCUAGGAACCAGUAUGGAUGCGGUGGAUCUCGGGGCCAUAGAGCAGGUGCCUGGAAGCCUAACUUAUUGUGUGGUGUUGAGCAAAGUAUUUAUGUGUAUUUUAGUGUUCCCCCUGUAAGAUUUUGUUUACCACCUGAGGGGAGACCUCGAAACAGUAUGUCAGGAGUAAUGUUGACGAAGAGCACUUUGUGAAAUUCCUAAGCACGUUCAAGUUUACUUUUUGUUGAAAUUUGUAGAGCAAGACAAUGGGAAACGGACAUCAGAUCUCUUGAGAAAGAUAAUUUUCAACUGCACAGUACUCCAGUAGAAAAGUUAAGGAAAAAAGCAAGCCCUUCAGGGGCUGGUCAGUAGGAAGAAAUGUCCUACAAAAGACUAGUCUCUGUCCACCUAGUUCCUGUGUUCUGUACAGGGUUAAUUUAUUAUGAUUCUCUUAACAAACAGAUCUCCUUCCAAAACAUACACAA